AACAAAGAGUUGCAAUGCAUUGAGAUUCCUGAUCCAGGAGUCGUGUGUAGCUGCUCGAAUUCCCACCCCCUCACUGGCUUAGGCUCGAGCUUGCUGAAAGCGUGUGAAAAAUACCCCUGAACGAUGGGUGAGACGCUCUCCCAGCUGGGCUCUCGGGAGGAUGAGAACAAGUCGAUGCUGCCCUCCGGCCCAGCCUGUGGCAGCGAGGCUGCCAGCUACUCCAGCACCACCAGCAGCAAGCCUUCUUGUUCCUGUGCGCCUUGUGAAAGGGCUGCUGGCGGCAGCUUUGCGACUUGUCCCACCUGCCAGGGCAGUGGGGAGAUCCCUCGAGAACUAGAGAAGCAGCUGGUGGCCCUCAUCCCCUAUGGGGACCAGAGGCUGAAGCCCAGGCACACGAAGCUCUCCGUGUUCCUGGCAGUGUUCAUCUGCCUGGUGACCUCCUCCCUCAUCGUCUUUUUCCUGUUUCCCCGGACUAUCGCCGUGCAGCCUGUAGGCCUCAACUCCUCCACGGUGACUGUUGGCGAGGCCGACAUCCACCUCAGUAUAACGAAUAUCUUGAGCAUCUCCAAUAACAACUACUACCCCAUCGCCGUGACCCAGCUGACCAUUGAGGUUCUGCACCUGUCCCUCGUGGUGGGGCAGGUCUCCGACAGCCUUCUCCUCCACGUCGGCCCUUUGGCCAGUGAGCAGAUGUUGUAUACGGUAGCCAACAGGAUAUGGGAUGAAAACACAUACAAGAUCUGUACCUGGCUGAAAAUCAAAGUCCACCAUGUGCUUCUGCACAUCCAGGGCACCCUGACCUGUUCCUACCUGAGCCAUUCAGAGCAGCUGGUCUUCCAGAGCUACGAAUAUGUGGACUGCCGGGGAAACGCAUCCAAGCCCCACUUGCUGGUCCCUCGCCCGCCGUGACCUGUCUGCUGUCGUCGAGCUGCGGGCACCUGCCGGCCUGGUCUGUAUCUCCCACCACUCCAUGGCACCCAAUAGGACGAGAGUGACUCUGCCAAAGGAAAAGCCCUGCUUUAUCAUACCCUCCCCCUGUUCACCCCCAGCAGAGGAAGCUUUCUGUGGACGUUAACUUCAUACGCACACGUGCACACGCACACGCACACACACCCUCACGCCCUCUCUGAUUUCCACAGGAACGGAAGCUUGGUUCUUCUAGAAGCCAGCACCAGAUAUUCCCCUUGGUCUGUCUUGAGGAAAGUCUGACCUGACGUUUCCUCAGAGCUGCCUCAGCGGCACGGAGUGGCUCCCACACUGUCUGUGCUGAGCACCUUGGUUGCCCAGCUCGUCCAGGGAAGACCUUUGUCCUGCCUGAAUGUGGAGAAAGCUUUCAUUUUGUCUGGCUUUUAAUACAUGGAUCCUUUCCAAGUUC